AUGGCUCUAAAACUCAACUUGCUUCUAAACAUUUUAUUAGCCUGUUAUUUCCUUCGAAAAUCACUUGGGACCAAAUGUCCACCGACCAACAGUCCCCCGAUCAAAUGCCCACCGGCCAAAUGUCCGUCGACCAAAUGUCCUAUAAACUAUCCGACGACCAAAUGUCCCAUACAAUUAAAUUACAAAAUUGCCGGUGCCGAUCCACCCUCACACUGUGAGCUUCCCACAGACCCAAAUAAACUCCCUCCGUCAAGUCUUGAAAGCUGGUUUACUCGAGAAAUGUUCGACGAUCUCUUUCCAUUUUCCAAUCUUGGCUGGGGACCGCACCCCUGUUCACCAUACUCUUUCGAGGCUUUUAUAAUAGCUGCUCGUUACUUCCCCCGGUUUGGGAAGGAAGUAGAUUUGAAGAAUGGUUUUACACCGAGGGAGAAUAGUCGAAGAGAUGUGGCGAGCUUUUUGGCACAUGCCAUCCAGGAGACUGGACUGAAUGAUGUUUCAGUCUACCAAACGAGGUGA